GAGCGGUGGUCGCGUCUCUCCCGGUGCCCGCUCGCCCACCAUGUCCAAGUCCCUGAAGAAGCUGGUGGAAGACAGCCGGGACAAGGGGCUGCCCGAACUGGACAUGUGCGACCGGGCCAUCUCCAACCUGCUCGACGUGCCCGCCCUCUUUACUUUGUCUCAUAUCACCCAACUGGUCCUCAGCCACAACAAACUAACAACUGUGCCACCCAAUGUAGCGGAACUGAAGAAUCUGGAAGUGCUGAACUUUUUCAACAACCAGAUUGAGGAGCUGCCCACGCAGAUCAGCAGUCUCCAAAAGCUCAAACACCUGAACCUUGGCAUGAACAGGUUAAAUACCUUGCCCCGGGGAUUUGGCUCUUUACCUGCUCUCGAGGUCCUUGACUUGACUUACAACAACUUAAAUGAAAAUUCCCUUCCUGGAAACUUCUUCUACCUUACCACCCUGCGUGCACUCUAUCUAAGUGACAACGAUUUUGAAAUCCUGCCGCCAGAUAUUGGGAAGCUCACAAAGUUGCAGAUACUCAGCCUCAGGGAUAAUGACCUGAUAUCACUGCCUAAAGAAAUUGGGGAACUCACCCAACUCAAGGAACUUCACAUCCAGGGAAACCGACUGACCGUGCUGCCCCCAGAGCUGGGAAAUUUGGAUUUGACUGGCCAGAAGCAGGUGUUCAAAGCAGAGAACAACCCCUGGGUUACCCCCAUUGCCGACCAGUUCCAGCUUGGAGUGUCCCACGUCUUUGAAUACAUCCGUUCUGAAACAUACAAAUACCUCUACGGCAGACACAUGCAGGCGAACCCCGAGCCUCCGAAGAAGAACAACGACAAGUCCAAGAAGAUCAGCCGCAAGCCACUGGCAGCUAGGAAUAAAUGAGCCCGCGCCGGGACGGAGCUCGUCUUCCUUGCCCUUUUUUCCCUUGCCCCUUCCCAGCUCUGCCCUCCUGCCGGGUUUGCUGGAAAACCCGGCAAAAUGCUGAGCGGAGGAAGAAGAGGCCCUGCCUCUCACACAGACACAGCUUAUAGCUCUCCGGAGAAGGCUCACGGCAUAGCGUUCAUUCACAGAUGCAAUUAAAGCCAGAUAAUCUGUCACCGCACCAAAUAACUGCCCUGGCCACAGCCCUCCUCUCCCUGUAUGCUUCAGUGUACUCUGCUGUGCUCGUUAUAGAGAGUUCUUGCCAACGGAAACGUUGUGUUGAUUGACUUAAUAAAACCUUGUUUACUCUUAA